AUGAUCGAAAAAGCGAAACGUAGCAGUAGGGAUCAAUGGUUUCACGCGAGUUUGGACAGAAGCGGCGCCGAGAAACUUCUCAACCUGUAUCCGCCCGGAUCGUUUCUUGUUCGGCAAACUGGCGACAACUCUGGACAUUUUAGUUUGUCCGUAGUCGGCCCGGACAAGAAAGCCCACCAUUUCGUGUUAGAGCAAAAAUAUGGCACCAUCUGCAUCGGAAGCAGUGUCUACUCGAACCUCGAAUCGGUGAUCGAGAACUACAUGAGCCAGCCGCUCUUCCCGUCCCAUGAUUUAAGCUUGCAAAAUCCAAUUAACCCGCCUGUGUUGCAUGUCCCAAAGCGAGUGCGCUGCAAGUUUCCGUACAACGCGGAUCCAGAAACGGACGAGCUCACGGUGCAAUUCGGCGAGAUUCUGAUCGUCCAUCAGGAGUCCGAGCCUGAAUGGAUUUGGGCAGAGUCGCUGCUGACGGGCAAACACGGCGCCGUCUUUGCCGAUUUGAUUGAACCACUCGAUGAAGACUCUGAUCCGCUGCUUGGUCAUUCUUGGUUCAACAACGAACGUAGAAAAGACGAAAUCGUAGAGAUUUUAAAAGGGCCGAAAGUUCGCGCCGGAACAUUUCUCAUUCGCCCGUCAGAUGAUAGAAUACCGCAGCAAGGGUCUUCCCGAUUUUACACCUUGUUCUUGCGAGGAAGCAAGAGCAUAGAGAAGAUGCGAAUUGAGCGCAAUGCUUCUGGAAGAAUUGUUUUUGGAGGACGAACAAACUCGAGAAAGAACUCUGACUUGUUGAAUUCGACGUGGAUCAAGUACCUAGCGUUUGAUACAACAGAAGAGUGUCUCGACUGGUCAAAUUUGCUCGACAAAUUGAUCGUCCAGCGGAAGAGCCAAAUUCAAAUCAGACGAAGUGUCUCUGUUGCGUUACAUGGAGGUUCGGGUCUGCCAGUUAAGGCUUUGGACUGUCUGAUCUGUCUCGACGGAAUCCCCGUGGGUCGGUCCUUGCCGCAAAAUGGUCCCGAUCCGCACUGGCAUCUCGCUGAAGACUAUCCGGUGAUCUCGAGUCUUCCCGAAACGGCAUCUUUUAUACUCCGCAAAGCCAACUCGUCAAGUUCUGAGCCCUUCGCCACCGUUCACCAUUGCUGCGGCGAGGAGGAACCAUCUGAUGGUGAAGCAAUAACGACAACGUCGCUUCCUGUCGCGACUUAUCAGGCAGGUGAAGAAAUCGUCGGCGCCGAGUUGAGAUUCACCGUCCGUCUCGAUUUCCGUGUUCUGUUACCAGAUGAAGAGUUUGAGCGUUUGUUCGAUUUGCUCGUCUCAGGAAUGGAUCACUAG